AUGCAUCCCAUGGGACGAUACGUGCAACCGUACUGGGAUCGAAACUUAAAAACGCAUGGCCGCAUUGCGAAUUUGUCUAUAUUUGUGUCUGCGCCGUGGCGAGGUGUGUAUAAUUAUAAAGAGACAUAUCGCAACGAGUAUUUGGCCAUUAUCCUUGCAGAUGUUUUGACACAAAACAGGUUAACUACAAGCAAGCCCCGGACUUUUUUGUAA